AUGGCAGUCUCAGCAUUAGACUCCCGAGUCUUUCGGGGCCUCUUCGGGACAGAAGAAAUAAGACAAGUCUUUUCUGAUGAAGCCUACGUGCGCCAAAUGAUAGAAGUGGAAGCUGCAUUGGCACGGGCCCAGUCGACAGUGGGAGUGAUCCCAGCCGAAGCCGGCCAAGCCAUUACGGACUCACUAAGCAAUGCAUAUAUUGAUUUCGAGAGAUUAUCUAACGAGACGGAGAUUGUGGGCUAUCCUGUGCUCCCUCUCGUCCGCCAACUGGUCAUGCAAACCCCUGAGGACAUGGCAAAGUACAUCCACUGGGGCGCGACUACACAGGAUAUUCAAGACACGGCGACUAUGCUUCAAAUGCGCCGUGGACUACAAAUCAUCGAGCGCAAACUGGAUGAACUAUGUCUCAUCCUGAGGCGUCUUGCAGAGGUGUACAAGGACACGCCAAUGGCAGGGCGCACUCACCUACAGCACGCUUUGCCCUGCACGUUCGGAUACAAAUGCGCCGUGUAUUUGUCCGGCAUCAUCAGGCAUAUCGAGCGUCUCCAGUCAAUCCAGGGCCGUUGUCUGUUAGUUCAGUUCGGCGGUGCGGCGGGCACGCUGGCCUCGCUAGGUUCGGACAACAAGGGUUUGUUAGUGAGAGAGCAACUGGCACAGGAGCUCGUUCUGGGAAAUCCCACCGUCACCUGGCAUGUCGCGCGUGACAACAUUGCGGAAAUCGUCAAUUUUCUCGCUCUCGUGGGCGGAUCUUUGGGAAAGAUUGCCUACGACUUGAUCCUGAUGUCUUCGAACGAGCUGGCUGAGGUGUCGGAGCCGUUUGUUCCGCAUCGAGGAGCUUCCUCCACCAUGCCUCAGAAGCGCAAUCCGAUCUCCAGUGAGGUUAUUCUCGCGGCUUCAAAACUGCUCCGUUCGAACGCGGGCCUCGUGCUGGACGCCAUGGUGUCCGAUUUCGAACGAGCGUCUGGCCCCUGGCAUCUCGAGUGGGUGGCGGUCCCAGAAGCUUUUGUGCUGGCUGUCGGCGCAUUGCAUCAGACAAACUUUGCCAUGGGAGGCCUUGUUGUCCAUGCAGACUCAAUGAGGCGCAACCUUGCCUCGACAAAGGGACUUAUUGUGGGCGAGGCGGUGAUGAUGGGCCUGGCUCCAUUCGUAGGCCGCCAACAAGCGCAUGAUAUUGUGUACGAGGCGUGUAAACAGGCGAUUGAGACAAAUCGAGCUCUGUUCGAUGUCCUCAACAACUGGCCAGCCGUGACGGAACAUAUAAGUGGAGAAAAGUUGAAGGAGCUUUGUGACCCGGUCAACUACCUUGGAGCAAGCCAGAUCAUGGUUGAUGAUGUGUUGAAAUCAUUUCCGCAACAGCCAUAG